GAAAGGGUUUUCGCCAUGUCACGUGUCAAGAUGAGCUUCAAAAUAUGGAGGAAUUUUUCUAGUCUUGAAAGUAGACUUGUUUGUAGCAGUUUUAGAAGUGGAAGGAGUGGACUCUGUGGCCAUACAUAUACUGUGAUCCCUAAUGAAUUCUGCUGUAGAGGGUACUGCAAUUGUAAUAGUUCUAACAAAGAAGGAGAGACCAGAAGCAGUGACAGUGAUGUUUUAAAGUUAUUAGAAAAUAUCAAGAAACAGAAAUCACUUCAAAACAUUGCAAAGGAGGAAGAAGAGAGACUCUCUUUAGAUAUAAAGCAAAGAACUGCUCCACUUACCAUUGAUGAGCUGGUCCAGUUUUUAAGGAAACACAAUUUACAGGAUAUUUGUGUCAUUAGAAUUCCUCCUAGCAGAAACUAUGCUCAUUAUUUCGUUACUUGCACUGGAACUGGUUCACGACAUAUCACGAGAAUGGCCGACUUACUAGCAGCAGAGAUGAAAAAUGUAAAGAUAUUGAAUGGACAGAAAGUCGUUGUUGAAGGAAAAGGAAGUGAUUCGGAAUGGCUGGUAGUUGAUAUUGGUAUUAGUGUAGUUCACUUUAUGACGGAGGAGGCUCGCUCUAGGUAUGACUUGGAAACUUUAUGGGCCCUUGGGUGUGAAUUUGACGACGAAAUUGAAGAAAUGAUAAGAUUGAACAGACGUCAAGGAGUAUAUAGUUCAAAAGUUGUUAAAUAAUAAAUAUAAUAAUAGAACAAAUGGAAUCAAUUGUAAAUACUGUCAGUUAUUGUAUCUAUAGUGAUUGAUGUUAACGGCA